CGGCGCGCGGCACGUGGGGCGGUGCCGGUGCGCGGGCUGCGCGGCUCCCUCGGGGUGUGGACGCUCGGGAUCCGCAGGUCGCGCGGCCGAGCACUGGGCAGCGGGGUUCGGGCCACCCGGUACACGCGGCGGAGACGUGCGGGGCACCAUGGAGGGCUCCGGGGAGCAGCCGGGCCCACCGCCCGCGCCCCCCGUGGACCACCGCAUCCGCGACGGCGACUUCGUGGUGCUGAAACGGGAAGAUGUGUUCAAAGCCGUGCAAGUGCAAAGGAGAAAAAAAGUAACCUUUGAAAAACAGUGGUUUUAUCUGGAUAAUGUAAUUGGCCACAGUUAUGGAACCACAUUUGAAGUGACCAAUGGUGGAAGUCUUCAGCUUAAGAAGAAGAAGGAAGAGCCUACUUCAGAGAUCAAAGAAGCGGGCACUGAUAAUCGAAAUAUAAUUGAUGAUGGGAAAUCACAGAAACUUACUCAAGAUGACAUAAAAGCUUUAAAGGACAAAGGCAUUAAAGGAGAGGAAAUAGUUCAGCAGUUAAUUGAAAAUAGCACAACAUUUCGAGACAAGACAGAAUUUGCUCAGGAUAAGUACAUUAAAAAGAAGAAAAAGAAGUACGAGGCCAUCGUUACUGUUCUGAAGCCAUCCACCCGCAUUCUUUCAACUAUGUAUUAUGCGAGAGAACCUGGAAAAAUUAACCACAUGAGGUAUGACACACUAGCCCAGAUGCUCACGUUGGGAAACAUCCGUGCUGGCAAUAAGAUGAUUGUAAUGGAGACAUGUGCGGGCUUGGUGCUAGGUGCCAUGAUGGAGCGAAUGGGAGGUUUUGGCUCCAUUAUUCAGCUGUACCCUGGAGGGGGGCCUGUCCGUGCGGCAACGGCGUGUUUUGGAUUCCCCAAGUCUUUCCUCAGUGGCCUAUAUGAAUUCCCACUUAAUAAAGUGGACAGUCUCCUAAAUGGAACAUUUUCUGCUGAGGUGUUAUCCUCAGAGCCCAAAGAUGGUGCUUUAGUUGAGGAAAGUAAUGGCAUGCUGGAGGAAAAACAGGCUUCUGAACAAGAGAACGAAGACAGCGUGGCAGAGGCCCCGGAGAGCAAUCACCCUGAUGAACAAGAAACAGUGGAGAUCGUUUCUCAAGACCCGGAACAGAAGGAGCCUAAGGAGGGAGGAAGCAAAAAGGAUUAUAUUCAGGAAAAGCAGAGGAGACAAGAAGAGCAGAGGAAAAGACAUUUAGAGGCCGCUGCUCUGCUGAGUGAAAGAAACGCAGAUGGUUUGAUCGUAGCUAGCCGAUUCCACCCCACGCCGCUGUUGCUCUCUCUGCUGGACUUCGUGGCCCCCUCCCGACCGUUCGUGGCCUACUGUCAAUAUAAAGAGCCUCUGUUGGAAUGCUACACGAAGCUGCGGGAGAGAGGAGGGGUCAUCAACCUCAGGCUGUCGGAGACCUGGCUCCGGAACUACCAGGUUUUACCGGAUCGAAGUCAUCCCAAGCUACUGAUGAGCGGAGGUGGGGGCUACCUUCUCUCGGGCUUCACCGUGGCCAUGGAUUCCCUGAAUGCAGACCCCGCCCCGAAACCCAGCACGAGCACUUUAGAGUCUCCCAGCACAGAAGAGCCCGCCAGUAAGAGACGGAAGGGCCCCGAGUCUGACUCUUAGCCCUUCCAAGAUAGCUUUGGUCUGGGUCCUCAGGCGUUAUACAAUUAGUAAUUAAAUUCCAGAUGCCAUUACUAAUUGUUUUGUGUCCUAAGAAUAAGAAUAAAUCUGUACACUUACUCUUUGGAAGGACAAGUGAGGUGGCCCUCCAGCUCCAGCACAGCGGGGUUUGGUCUUUCCAAACCUCCAGCUGAAGUAUCCAAGUCGGCCCUACAUAGUGGACCAGUGGUCAGUUCUGUUGAUUUCACAAAAUCCUCUGUGUACUAUUAGUAGUACCCCUGCAAGUAUUUUGAGAAUUUAGGCACCUAAAACUAAAUUUAUACCAGACUUUGUUUAUACAUUAAGCUAACUGGAACAACAUGACAUAAAAGCUUGGAUACUGAAAGGAAGGAGUUUGUGGAAGAAAUUUCCUCUCUAUUCCAGCCUAAGCAAUAUGGAUGUGUGAGUGUGUGAGAUUUAUAGUACCAAAAAUGUCUACCCUAUUCCCUGCAGUGGAAUAAAUUUUUUUUAAUGCUAGAUUUUAUUAUUUUAAUAAUUGAUGAGCUAGGGAAAUGCUGAGUAUUUAUUUUACUCCUUUUUUUGUAGAAGGACAUAGUAGGGUACUUAAAAAAUAAUAAUUUGCCAAUAUCCUUAUUCUUUGUUCCAAAUAAAGUAACUAGAAUUUUUGUGCACUAUUUAUUAAGGUAAAGAAUUUUUUCCCCUUCUCAGAGACUAUAGGAAAUAGCUAUAUAUGCACACGUAUGUAUUUUGUUGUACAUACAACUGACAUAUUUAUAUAUGCGUACACAUACACGUGGAGACAGAAUGCACUAUAAACUAUAACAAGGUUUAACGCAGGCUUCAGACCAGUUUUCAUUGCAUUAGUGUCACCUCCUGUCAGUGUAUUUUAAAGUGCCUUUUCUAGUGAUUAUUAAUGUUGGUUGAGCUCUCGCAUGUUUUGGUGGUUGGUCUUUCUAAGUUCUAAAAAAUAUAAUCAAACUUUGAUUACCUGCUGCAGCCAAGGAAAGUGUUUACAGUAAGCCAAGGCCCUUGUCCGUUGCGAAUGUGAGUCUUGCACAAUGAACAUGCUUCUCCAGCACGUUGUCCAGGUCCUUAAGGGAAGAAAUGUGGCUCAUCCAGGGAGGGGCGUCUUAGGAAAAGGGGAACUGCUUUUUCUUAGUAGCAUGUACUGUUCUGAUAAUGGCCAGUGAUUGCCGAGUACAGUUUUGAUUUCUUAAAACAGUUGCUUUUAAAGAAUAAAAGUGUUUCCUA